UUAUUGUUUCAGAUAGUGCUGCCGGCGCUAAGUUGCGCCGCCUGUUGGCAUCUCAGCUGGUUGCAAACAAGGCUGGGGCCGUCUUGCUUGGCUGUAUAGAGUUCGGCAACGCUCCUUUUAUCUUCGACACGUCAAGAAAGCAGAAUUGACGAAAGCAACAACAAAACGUGGUUCUGUUUCUUAUACAGAAAAGCCAGCACCACCAUGGCAGCUCAUGGCCAGCCCGGUGCAGGUCCCCUCGAGGACCGACUGCGCAACUUAAUCCUCAAUCACUCCGAGCAACCUUUGGAGAAAUCGACACAACAGGCAGGCCAUCAGUCGCCGCACCAGCAGCCUGUCACGAAAGAUGGUUCACAGCCGGGACAGGAUUCCCCGUCAGGAUCGCCCUCACUGGGCAGCGCAGGCGCGCCGGCCUCAUCAAAACCUUCUCGGAAGCGGCCGAACCAAGCGCAGCGUCGCCAGAUGUCGGCCCAGCUCUCUAUUCCGGUAGACACACGGCCUCAGUUCUCGCACUCAGAUGGCCACCAGAAUCAGCAUCGUGGCAGGGGCGGCUACCGCGGGACCCGGCAACCGCACUCCGCCACUUUCCACCCACAAAGCCGGGAGAACGCCAUAUCGAGCGCUCCGGCGACCGGUGUGCCGUUGCAAUUCCGGUCCCGUCACCAGUCUUCUCUCUCCUACCAGGGCCCUAUGUCGACACCUAACCAGUUUGGUUGGCCACAAUCUCCUAUGCAUCACACUGACCCGAGGGUGUCGUACUCGAUGCCAGGCAUGCAGCCCAUGCCACCUAUGACCCCCUUUGAUGCUUCAGCGUCGAUGCAUCGGGCACAGCACAGCUCCGACUUUAACACCCAUGGGAGACACUCUUAUCCUAGGCAGGACGAUCUAACAGCACAGUCAGAGCUGCUCGAGGGCCUCUGCAACACCAUUGUUGCCGAUGCUGAGAUCGAGCCCGCUGAGAUCGGGGAGAAGGAAACAUUUCGCCAGAUGAUUGAACAAGUUGCCCGGUCCACCAUCGCCGAGCACGAGAGGAACCGCAACGGUUUCAGCGACUUCCCCCCCGAGAGCGUACAGCUCAAAUGCUUCGGUAGCCUUGCGUCUGGCUUCGCUACCAAGGCCUCCGACAUGGACCUUGGCAUCCUGUCACCGUUGUCACGCCUCCAGCCCGACGCCCCGGGCUCCAUGAUACCUAGGCUCAUUGAAAAGGCCUUUCUUGAUAUUGGACUUGGCGCCAGACUGCUCACCCAGACUCGCGUCCCGAUCAUCAAGGUUUGCGAAAAGCCCCCCGAGGAGCUUCGCGUCGCGCUUGUGGCGGAGCGGACAAAGUGGGAAACAGGCGUGACUGAUGACGGCGACGAACCCGAGGCGCACGACAGCCCCGACCUACAGAAAGCCGAGGUCGUCCCCGUCGCCCCGGAGGCUCAACACCAGGAAGAGACAAUUGCCCCCGAGAAGAGGCUGCAGGGGCUAAAACAGGGCGAGGCAACCAGCUUGUCGAACUAUUAUAUUGCUGCCAAACGCCUGCUGCGGAAGCUCGGCGGGCACGACAUGACCCAUUCGAACGCCUCGGAGUUUGAGAUGGAUCGCGUCAAACUGCUGAACCAAGUUUGUUUGGCAUUUGUUGACGGGCUGGCUGACAAAGCGCUGCGCAACCGGCUGCUAAGUUACCACUCCCUCAACCGGUACGACCUCAUUUCCCAUGGCAACAAUCCACGUACACUACUAGGGGUGUUUACCCAGAUCGAGGGAGAGCAUAUGGCCUUGCUUUGGGACUCACGGCCCUUUCAGGAAAAAGACAACUCCCGCGAGGCUGGUGCGGAAAGCGUUGUGAGGACCUGGAGAGCGAUUGCAGAGAAACCUGAUUUUGGCCGGGAUCCGCUCGGCUAUCAAAAGGAGUUGCACUUCGCCGCGGAACAGCUGAAGAAGAUAGCCUCCGUCCAGGUCUUGCUUCUUUCUCAGGCUCACAACGAGUCGGCAGCGAAUUACUGCGCCAGGGCUUUGCGGCUGUUCCAUGAUCUGGGCGGGCAUGACUCGCGCCAGAGGGCCGAUACAGUCCUGCCAACCCUCGUCCAACAUUAUAUCGGCGGUAUUCUGAACCAAGAAACUCGGGAGCAAGUUCAGGACUUCCAACGAGUCCACCGAGUCAACCAUUUGCGGGCCAUUGGGCGCAGACACAAGUGUCUACAACUUGCCCACGAGUACGAAGUGUGCCUGGCAAAGGGUUUGUACCCAGAGGAAGCUGUGGCCAAGGUUCAACGCUAUAUUGAAUUGUUGCGGGCCCCGAUCACGGAAUCAACGGCCGGCUACUCCCAUGGCAUGAUACCCCUUACCCCGGAGUCCGCGCCGCUUCUCUCUGAGAUCCGCCUACUUGGCGACCCAUCACGCGCAGUCCCAAACCAGCCGCGAGACCGGUACAACAGCGCCCUCGAGUUUCCCAAAUCCGGCGUCGGCGUGCAGUGCGACAUCAACUUCUCCGCGCACCUCGGGGUGCAAAACACCCUUCUUCUGCGCUGCUAUUCCCACUGCGACCCCCGCGUGCGGCCGCUCAUCCUCUUCGUCAAGCACUGGGCCAAGAUUCGCCGCAUCAACUCGGCCUACCGAGGCACCCUCGGCAGCUACGGCUACGUCCUUAUGAUGCUGCACUAUCUCGUCAACGUGGCUCAGCCGUUCGUUUGCCCAAACCUGCAACAACUCGCCAGGCCUGCCGACCCAAACCUCACCCCGCAGCAAAUCGAGGAGACGGUGAGCUGCAAGGGCCGGAACGUCCAGUUCUGGCGCGACGAGGCCGAGAUCAUGCGUCUCGCGCGCGACAACGUCCUCACACAGAACCGCGAGUCCGUCGGCGAGCUCCUGCGCGGCUUCUUCGAGUACUACGCGAGAGGCGGCUCGCCCAUGGCCUCCCCGCCCUGCCGCAGCUUUGACUGGGGCCGCCAGGUGAUCAGCCUGCGGACGCACGGCGGGCUGCUGCGGAAGGAAGACAAGGGCUGGACGGGGGCAAAGACGGUCCUCGAGGUCCAGCACGCCCCCGCUGCUGCUGCUGCUGCUGCUGCGCCGGGCCCCGACAACACGGCUCCCAACAACAACAACCUCACCCCACCCCCUCCGGCGGGCCAACCUGUCCCAGCCACAGCCCCGCAAACCCAGACCUCGCCUACCCAGAUCCAGAACCCUCCCAGCACGCCUGCUGCCCAGGUCAAAGAGAUCCGCAACCGCUACCUCUUCGCCAUCGAGGACCCCUUCGAACUGGACCACAACGUCGCGCGGACGGUUACCCACGUCGGCAUCGUCAACAUCCGGGAUGAGUUCCGGCGCGCGUGGCGCAUCAUUAAGAAUGCUGGGCGUGGUGGGCAGGGUCAGGGGCAAGGAGGGAAUCCUGGUAGCGGUGGUGGUGGUGGUGGUGGUGGGCAGGGUGGUGGGCAGGGUGGGAACCAGGGUGGUUGGAGACAGGAGGAGCUGCUGGAGGAUUUGGGGCGGGCGGAGGAGAUGAGGGAGACGGAGGCGUUUGCGAAGUUGUUGGAGGAGAUUCAUGGGGUUGGGGUUCAGGAGGGUGGUGGUGGUGGUGGUGAGGAAUGAACGGAUGGGGGGUGGGUGCAUAGUGUACGAUUUAUGUGUGGGUUUCGAAAAGUCUGGCUGGUGAGGAUGGGUAUCAUGUGUUCCGGUUACUUGUUGGAGGGAGUGGCAUAUGGAAGUUGGGGGCCAUAGGCGUGUGUGUUUAGCGUUAUUGGACGCGGUGUUGUCAUAUGUUUGCAAAUGGAAGUCAGCGAUGAACUCUUUUGUUUAUGUCCGGGUUGUGACGUACAAGCUAACAUGAAG